GUGACUAGUAUCAAUGGUAAUAUAAUUCUAUUGUUUUAAAACGUAAUGCUUAAUGUUUCAUAGCAUAAAUUAAAUGCACGAAUGUGUCGGUUCACGUUAAAUUUACGACAAACACGUCAAUCAAAACAUGGCCGACGAGCUGUCAAGCGAUUUGGAUUGGAGUAAGGAGCUUGAAGAAGCCCUGCUGCAGGAGUGUGACUUUGGAUCAUUAAGAAACAUCUGCAAAGGACGACCUGUACCUGAGAAACACAGAGCCAAUGUCUGGCAGAUUUGUCUACAAGUGCAGGGAAAGGGUAACAGUCUUGCAGCCUUUGAUGGGUUUUUCGACCUUAAAGAACAAAGCCUGAUAAGAGAAGACUGCGCACAGCUUGUUGAUAAGCUAGGAAAUGAUGAAGAUGAGAAGGUCUCUGUGGUGGCGGACCUGGAGUCUAUGGUCACGUUCUUCUGCAAGUCACGUCAGGAAGCCUACUCCAGCGACAACGGCUGGCUGGACCUGAUGCAGCCAUUACUGGCACUGAAGCUCAACAAGUCCGACAUCUACAACUGCUUCUAUGCAUUGAACAAUAAAUACAUUACAAGAGACUGUGAGAAGAAUGGCAAGCCGUUCCAUCUGUUCCGUCUUCUCCUGCAGUACCAUGAUCCAGAGUUGUGUUCCUUCCUCGACACCAAGAGGAUUACACCCGAUAUAUAUGCAAGAUCUUGGUUCCGGAGUCUCUUUGCGUGUGUGUGUGACCUGCGGGUGAUCCAGGUGAUGUGGGACGUGUACCUGCAAUCCAGCGACCCCUUCCUGGGCUUCUUCAUGGCCCUUGUCAUCCUGGUGAAUGCACGAGAACAGAUCCUGGAAGCGGAGAACAGGGACAAACAAUUCAUUGUAGAACUGAUAUCAUCAUUCCCUUCUGCUCUGGAGGCUGAAGACAUUGAAGAUUUCUGCACACUGGCUCAGUACUAUGCAUCAAAAACACCCCAGUCAUUUAGAAGGGACUAUGAGAAGCCUCUGUUUGGUUCCAACCUGGGCACCACAAGGGCCAACGAGGAAAUUAAUACCCAGCUGUCCCAGAUGUUGUGUCUGCCCGUGGGUGCCAGUGAGCUACUACAGAUCAACAACAUGGCUGGGGUAGGUGGUGAUGGUGUGCGGUACUUCGUGGUGGAUUGUAGGCCCGCUGACCAGUACAACAGUGGACACUUGCAGACUGCCAUGCACCUUGAUGCCAACCUGAUGCUACAAAAUCCUGAGGAGUUCAACACAGCUGUGCAAGCCCUAUUUUCUGCACAGCAGCAGGCAAUAUUGGCAGGCUCGGCAGCAGGGGGAGAGCACCUGUGUUUUGUGGGCAGUGGACGUGAUGAGGAGGACCAGUAUGUGAACAUGGUGGUGGCCAACUUCCUGCAGAAACACCAGCAGUAUGUCAGCAUGGCACGCGGGGGAUAUGCUGCCCUACACAAUCUCCUCGGCAGCCAUAUUAAUGAAGGUAUGGUGGACCACAACCCAAAGCAGUGUAUUGUCUGUGUACCGGAAAUUGGAAACCUCAGUGACGCUGAGAAUGGCGAAGUGUUUAGAAACACAGUCGAGGGUGCUACGGGCGACUCAUUGUUUGGGCGACUGUCCAGUGUGGUGAAGAGCAAGUCUUCAGAGAUGAAGGAGAAACUGAGCAACUACAUCAAGAACGAGAUGAAUGUAGAGGAGAGACACGUGAGCAACACUGACAGGCUGGGCAAGCGAUACAGAAACAUGGCCUCCGUGUUCACCAUAGGUGAUGAUGAGGAAGGAGAGGACUUUGUGGAGCAGUCUGAUGACGAGAAAAGGGAGGUAAUCAGCCUGGACACGUGGCUCAAGAAACCAGAGAUUGUCUACUCCUGCCAGUGUCGGGACCUGGACAACAAUGGCUUCCUUCAUCCCAGUUACCUGUUAGUAAUGGACACACACCUCUACAUUUUACGUGAAAUCCCCAAAAAGAAAGGCAUGGCAAUAAUACAAAGUCGCAGAGCCCUGGCAUCAAUAGUGAAAAUCACCUCGAAAAAGAAACAUCCAGACUUGAUCACAUUUUCUUAUGGCACAAAUGAAGAUACGGGAGUGAGAAUAACCAACAGGGACCGAUGUUUAAUUCCAACUGCAGGAGAGGCAACAAAAAUUGUGAAACAACAGAUUAUGAAAGUUUUAGAUGCAUUGGAAAGUUAGAGAAAUUCUAUGCUGUGUGCUUUGUUCAGCAUUUAUAGUUUGUUAAAGAAAUUGUUAUAUUUUCUUGGUUAGACUGUCAACUAAUUGCAGUUCUUCCUGCUAUACAACUUGCCAAGGAAAAUGUUAAUCUGAAUGAUGUCCAAAUAAAAGUGUUGAAGUACCAAAUACUAUGACAAGCUAGAGGGUGCUUUGAAUGGUACGUUAAGAAUGAUAUUAAAUAAUCCAUCUUUCUCAUUAUAAAGUUGAAUGCUAAAAUAAUUAAAGAAUUGUAAUGUGUAUUUGUGGAUAUAUGCCAAUCUUUUGACAAUUCCAUCAUCAUAAAUUCAAAAUGUUAAAUUCAGAGUUGUCGUAAAAUAACUGGUUUAAAGUUGAAAUAUGUACAUUUUCAUAAGAAAAGUUUAAAAUCAAGUAAGAGAGGUAGCUUAUGACAAAAUUUUAAUGUUUUUACUUUGUUGCCUGCUGAGUAGAAGUGAUAUUUCAUGCUUGUGAAAACGAUGUUGGCGCUUCAAGUAUCAUUUUGAUGCAAAACCAAAUUGUUUGUUUAUUAGAUUGGUUGUCGGCUGGAGAUCAUUUAAUAAAGCUCCAUUUACAGAUACCAAUACAAAUGUCAAGACCUUACUUGGGAUUGUUUAUGGGAUAUGAAGAUGACCCAAGUUUGCAGUUACAAAAAAAUAUAACAAUGCUGUCCACCCAGUUACUGAUAAACGGAUUUGUGCAGCUUUUAUAAGGAAACUUUAUACAUAGGUACCAUCAAUCAAGACCAUGCAUUUUAUUGUGUCUGAAGUGAGUUGGGUCAAAGUCACAGCUAUGCAUUAUAGAGAAAAGGUUUUAUCUCAAUAACCUGUAUUGAAACUUCGCUUGGCAUUAGAUAUAAAAUAAGUGGGGCCAAUGUCACUGUCUAUGUAAUUAAAAAAAGAAAAACACCAACAACUUAGUUUUCUUUCAAUAUCUAAUCAAAACAAACAAAUGAAGCAUUUUAAAAUAUUAUUUUUUUGGAAACUUGCUAAAUAUAGGAUCUGGCACGAGUUGUCAUAUCAUACCAUAUUUUAUUAAACGAGUUCAGGAAUUUUGUUAGUAAGCGAGCCUUUGGCGAGCUUACUAACAAAUUUCCUGGACGAGUUUAAUCAAAUAUGGUAUGAUAUGACAACGAGUGUCAGAUCUUUUUUAUCACAUGCUUUUAAAUGAGCAAAUUAAAUAAAUAUUUAUGCAAACAUAAUGAUAUAUCUAGAAUAUUGUUUACAUUUCCUGACGUCAUUUGGAAUGCCUCAGCUUUUACCAAGCAAAAUAACAAAAUGCGAUUGGUCAAUAAAAGAAAACUAAGCCAAUGAAAACGCUUAAAAAUGUUGUAUUACACAUGUGUAAUAUAAAAAAAUAUGUAAUGGUUGUAUUACAUUGGAAACAGAGUAUAGCAUGUGAUAAAAUGCUUUACAGUUCUAGUUUCAAUUACCCAAAUAUUUAUUAUUUGCUAAUACCCCUUUAUUUUAAAUGAGUUUCUAGAACUGAAUUUAACCCUUUCAGUGCGGGAACUGAAUUUUGAAGGCCUUUGCAAACAGUUUGGAUCCAGAUGAGACGCCACAGAACAUGGUGUCUCAUCAGGAUCCAAACUGUUUGCUAUUCUGAUAGUAUUCUUUGAAAAAAAUCAAAGAAAAUGCUAAUUUUACAAAUUCAGCAGACGACAUUUUAGCAGACAACAAAUUUCCCAGCAUGCAAAGGGUUAAGUUUCACUGCUUCAAUGUGAGCGAUAUUCUGGAAAAACUGAUAAUUCAUGCACAUGUAUUAAGCCCAUUUUUUCCCAAUACCCAGCUCAUAGUUAAAUAUAUAAAGGGGUUCACUGUAGCUUUUUUAAACCUGUUCAUGUUUGUCUUUAAUAAUAUAUUUGUAUAACAUAAGUGUGAGUGCUUAAAGCAUAUAACUGUUUUGCCAAACAAAUAUUGAUAUUAUUUGCAUUCCUUUAAAUGUAAUUAACUGUAGAUCUAUCUAUUUUGCAAUUUGUUAUUUGAUAAAUUCAGUUAAUUGUUCCAGUUACUUAGUUAACAAUAAUAUUUCCUCAAUACUUUUUUGGUAGAUUAAUACAUGACUGUACUUAUUUCUUCUAGAAUAGUGUAUGUCUUUAAAUAUACAAGCUCUUCUGAAUGUUUCUAAUAAGCAAGGUUUAUGGUAUUUAUUAUUUUCAAUUACAAUAUGUGAAAUUUAGAACAUGACAAAAUUCAUAAAACUGUUCUUAAGGUGUUCGUGUUGUUGCUUGAUAGCGUUGAAUUCUGCUAUUAGAUUCUUUGUGAAAUAUAUCAGUAUGCUUAUUGUGUGAAAUAUUUGAAGCAAAACAUCUUGUGUAUUUAUAUUUCUAUUCAUGUUAACUUAUUAAUAUUUAUUAUAUUCAACUCAUAAAGAUCAUAUUUACACCAGAGGUAUUCGAGUUCCAUGUAUGUGUAUGGAAGUAUGAUUGCAUGAUUUCAGCAUGGUUGUACCAGAGUAUUCUACUCUUCUUUUUAGGUGGUCUCUGGGAAAACAGUGCUUAAGCAUGUGUGAAAAGUAUUUCCCAGAUUGGCCUGUGUAGUCUGCAUCAGGGACAACAUUUUCACUGUCUUGGAAAGUUGUUCAGAGGAAGUCUCUUCUAAAAGAUAAUCCAGUCUAGGUGAAAUGUGUCAUUUCUGACAGCCUAUGCUGACUGCACAGGCUAAUCUGGGACCACACUUUAAGCACAUGUGUUUAGCUCUGUUUUCCAAAAGACCUGCUAAUUUAUAUAUUAUAUUGUGGUUUCUCAUGUUGAAAAACUGUUACUCUCAAUAAAGUGCAAUAACAAAAAUUA